AUGAAGGCCGCUCUUGUAAUACUCUCGGCCAUCUCCAUGGCGAAUGCCUUUCCGGGCAUGUCCGACCUCCGGCAUGUACGCCGUGCGCAAGACGAGGAGAAUACCAAGAAACUACCUGGGGACUUGGAGGGUCAAGACGAAAGCACCAUGUCUGAGACUGGGAAGCUCAUCAAGAAUAUCUUGCAAGGCAACGAAACUCCUCAAGACCUGACCACGGCUUAUUCUUCGGUUCCGGACCAGAACUCAGCCGAGUGCAAGGCCGACAAGUGUUGCAUAUGGAAGCACAUCGCGGAUGAGAUGAAGUCCAAGAUGACGGGGGACGCCGGACGUUGCAACAACCUUGCGAGACAAUGCAUUCGCAUGGGGUUUCAUGACGCAGCAACCUGGUCUUUGGACACGGGCAAAGACGGCGGCGCGGACGGGUCAUUGGUUCUAGCUAGAGAAUGUUUUGACCGCCAGGUAAACAAUGGAGUGACAGACGGCUGUAAUCAGAUGCAGGCUUGGUUUGACACGUACAAGUCGUUUGGUGUCAGCAUGGCAGAUCUGAUCCAGAUGGGCGGUGGACAAAAGAUGAUGGGAGUUGUUGCUAACACGUCAACUGGUCCUCCAGCAAACGUUGCCACGGUUGUCUGCCCCCUCGGACCCCGUGUCCGCAGCUUUGUUGGGCGCAAAGACAACUCCAACCCAUCACCAGACGGCCUUUUGCCAUCGGCGUUUGACUCGGCCGAUCAACUGAUUUCUCUCUUCGCCAACAAGACAAUCAGUGCCAGCCAGCUCGUGGCCCUGGUCGGCGCCCACACCACCAGCCAGCAGUUCUUUGUUGAUGCCAACCGCGCCGGAGACCCUCAGGACAGCACCCCCGGCGUAUGGGACACCAACUUUUACGGAGAGACCACCGACGCCAGUUCGCCCAAGCAAGUAUUCAAGUUUCAAAGCGAUAUCAACCUGUCUCAAGAUUCUAGGGCCACGGGUGCUUGGACGGCGUUUACCGGGACACAUGGACAGCGUCCUUGGAAUGGGGCCUAUGCUGCGGCGUACGUUCGAAUGAGCAUGUUGGGCGUGUAUAAUACCAAUGACUUGACCGAGUGCACAAAGGCGCUCCCGCUGCCCAUCACUUCAUUCUCAUCUCCCGAUGCCGCGGCCUUGGCUGACUUUGCAAACGGCGGCGCGCCUGAUGCCGCCAAGAACGCUUCCAAUGGAGAUGUUAUUGUAGUGUAG